AUGGCUGCUGAAUAUGAACUGAGUACUGACGAGAAGCAGCAUACAGCAAAUGCCUACGCAAAUGCAAGCAGCUUGGAGGUACGCUCUUCUUCUCGCCGCAUUGAUUGCAGACAAGCAUCAUUCAGGAGACACACCCUGUAUGACUAUCUCUAUACGUAUAACUGUGUUCCAAGUGGAUGGAGUCAAUUUUUCGGUAGUCGCACUGUUAGAGGACAAAUACAAAGAAUUUCAGAAUCUCUUGAAAGUGAAAGAGCCAUAGAGCCCUCACUGGCCAGUGUAUUUAACGCCUUCAGUGUUAGCGCUCAAAACGUAAAAGUUGUCAUUUUAGGUCAGGAUCCAACACCUCAGGCAAACCGAGCAACAGGCUUUGCAUUUAGCCUACGACCAGGGGAGGAACCCUCUGGGGUUCCUGCUGUCUUCAACGUGCUAGUGGAGUUGGGGUGGGAGGGAUACCGAGUUGACCUGUCAAACGGGGACUUAACACCCUGGGUUCGCCAAGGAGUCUUCCUUCUUAAUGCAGCACUAACUGUCCGACAAGGAUCAGCAGGGUCUCAUCAACGAAUUUGGAGGACAUUUAUGGAACAUGUACUGCAGGAAAUAAGCUCAAACGCCAGACCAACGGCAUGGAUUCUUUGGGGAAGAGAAGCCCAGGGUGCACGUCGCUUGAUUGCCAGAAAUCAUUACGUCAAGACUGGAGGACACCCAGCUCAGCGGACGCCGGGAUCGGAUCCAUUCUUUGGAAGAAAUUACUUCCGCUGUGCAAAUCAGUUCUUGCGUUCGAAUGGACGUGGUGAGGUUGAUUGGCGGCUAGGUGAGAAUAGGCACUCGCAGGCGUCGACAAGGGCGAGCUGUUGA